AUGAUGAGUUGCCCUGCUGCUGCUGCUGCUGCUGCUUCUGCUGCUGCUGCUGCUGCUGGUGCUUCGAGCAGCAGCAGCAGCAGUAGCAGCAGUAGCAGCAGCAGCAAUAGCAGUGGUACUAGCAGCAGCAACAACAGCAGCAAUAGCAGUAGUAAUAACAAUAGCAACAGCAGCAGCAGCAGCAGCAGCAGCAGCAGCAGCAGCAAACAGGCCUCGCCUCUGGCGCGCAACGGCGCCAAGGGGAGCAGCGGGGGGCUGAUUGACUUGGGCUUGAAUACUGACAUCCUGCAGUCUCUGCUUAGCAUGGGGGUCCCCCAGGGGGGCCCCUCAUCGCGAGAUGGGUGGCCGGGGGGGGGCCCCUGGGGCCCCUGGGGCCCCAAAGCAACCACAAGGGCGGGGGGCCCCUGGGCAGUGCUGGCACCUGUACCCCCAGUGACGCCAACAACAAGCGAGACGCGGGGGGGAUGUGAAGAAAGAAUAAAAGAUGAGCUGCUGGAGCCGCAGCAGCAGAAGCAGCAGAAGCAGCAAAAGAUGCAGAGAGCUGCGCUGCUUCCUCUUGAUUUGCUGCAGCAACUCGGACACAAACACCCGGUUGCUGAGGAGACGAAGCAGCAGCAGCAGCAGCAGCAACAGCAGCAGCAGCAGCAGCAGCAGAAACAGAAGCAGAAACAACACCAGCAAGAGCAGCUGCAGCAGCAAGAUCCUCUCAAACUGCUGGAGGCUGCUGCAGCAGCAAAGCUGCAGCGGCCCUGCACGACAGAGGAGCUGACCCUCAUGCUGCAGGAGGCCCCGCUAAAGGGGGGUGGGGGCCCCCUCAAGAAGAUGGGGGGGGCCCCCAGGACGAUCGGGGGGCCCCCAAAGACAAUGGGGGCCCCCUCCUCUCCAUCUGUUGAAGCUGCGCUCGCGCACGAAACUGGAGGUACGCGAUACACAGCUCUGCGGUGUUUCGCUCUCGCUGCUGCUGCUGCUGCUGCUGCUGCUGGGUGA